ACAACCAAGACGAGUCUCAGUGUCUAGGGAAGCUUAGGGUUCAGCUCCUUUUACUUCAGGCGAACCUGAACUCAGUUAAUGCAAUUUUGAAGCAUGCCCUGAAUAGAUUCAGUCAUUAUCAAGUCAAACUAAAAACGGUGAAAGGUUGCGACUAUUACCAAAUAGACUCUCGUUCUGUUGCCCAGGCUAGAGUGCAGUGGCAUGCACAGCUCACCGCAGCCUUUGUCUCCCGGGUUCAAGCAAUUCUCCAGCCUUAGCCUGCGGAGUAGCUGGGACUACAGGAAAAAUCUGAAGACAUGAGAACUACACAUGAGGAAUAUGUCAUUUAGCACUUUCACUUUUUGAUCUCCACAGAAGACAAUGAGAAGUCACACCAUAACAAUGACGACAACUUCAGUCAGCAGCUGGCCUUACUCCUCCCACAGAAUGCGCUUUAUAACCAGUCAUAGCGACCAACCGCCACAAAACUUCUCAGGAACACCAAAUGUUACUACCUGUCCCAUGGAUGAAAAAUUACUAUCUACUGUGUUAACAACAUCUUACUCUGUUAUUUUCAUUGUGGGACUGGUUGGGAACAUAAUCGCCCUCUAUGUAUUUCUGGGUAUUCACCGCAAAAGAAAUUCCAUUCAAAUUUAUCUACUUAAUGUAGUCAUUGCAGACCUCCUACUCAUCUUCUGCCUCCCUUUCCGAAUAAUGUAUCACAUUAACCAAAACAAGUGGACACUAGGUGUGAUUCUGUGCAAGGUUGUGGGAACACUAUUUUAUAUGAACAUGUACAUUAGCAUUAUUUUGCUUGGAUUCAUCAGUUUGGAUCGCUAUAUAAAAAUUAAUCGGUCUAUACAGCAACGGAAGGCAAUAACAACCAAACAAAGUAUUUAUGUCUGUUGUAUAGUAUGGAUGCUUGCUCUUGGUGGAUUCCUAACUAUGAUUAUUUUAACACUUAAGAAAGGGGGGCAUAAUUCCACAAUGUGUUUCCAUUAUAGAGAUAAGCAUAAUGCAAAAGGAGAAGCCAUUUUUAACUUCAUUCUUGUGGUAAUGUUCUGGCUAAUUUUCUUACUAAUAAUCCUUUCAUAUAUUAAGAUUGGGAAGAAUCUAUUGAGGAUUUCUAAAAGGAGGUCAAAAUUUCCUAAUUCUGGUAAAUAUGCCACUACAGCCCGGAACUCCUUUAUUGUACUUAUCAUUUUUACUAUAUGUUUUGUUCCCUAUCAUGCCUUUCGAUUCAUCUACAUUUCUUCACAGCUAAAUGUAUCGUCUUGCUACUGGAAAGAAAUUGUUCACAAAACCAAUGAGAUCAUGCUGGUUCUCUCAUCUUUCAAUAGUUGCUUAGAUCCAGUCAUGUAUUUCCUGAUGUCCAGUAACAUUCGCAAAAUAAUGUGCCAACUUCUUUUUAGACGAUUUCAAGGUGAACCAAGUAGGAGUGAAAGCACUUCAGAAUUUAAACCAGGAUACUCCCUGCAUGAUACAUCUGUGGCAGCAAAAAUACAGUCUAGUUCUAAAAGUACUUGAGGUAAACAUACUAAAAUGAAUUAUAUAAUACAGCCUCUUAAUUCUUUGAAGAACUAAAAAAAUUAGGAAACAAAGUUCUAGCAUUUACAAAAGUCAGAUCUCAAAGCUGUGCUUGUAACUGUGAUAUUUCAUUUGCUUAACUGUAAACCAUUUCAAGUUACUAUCUUUUAAAUCUCUAUGUAAAAUCUUUUCAAAAUACAUUUUUAAGCUAAUACUCUUAACAUAGAUUAUGAAGUUAGUGAAAUUUAUGACUUUAACAGCAAAAUAAAGUGCCAUCGUUUCUCAUGUCACUAAAGUAGUUAUUAAAAUCAAGCACUUGAUACUAAUUUAAAGUGUGUUUAAAAGUAAAUGAUUUGGGAACUGACAAUGUGUCAGAAAAUAUAUGUUCACUUAUCAUUUUAAAAUCUUGUAUAAUUUGCCACUGUGUUCAUUUAUGCCUAAAUCUCUAUAAUAGAUGAGAAGAUAAUUAAUAAAAUCCUAAUUAAAAAAUGAGA